GUACCGCUUACGACCACCGCAGACAGCUCUCUCACCCGUGACGACACCACACCACCCCUGCCGCAUGUGUAUCCUUCUUCCCAUCCUUUAGGGUCCAGCGUCUGCUGUUUGCUGCCAUUCAUCUCUUCUCUUUCGAGCCCAUUUUCCCUCUCGCGCCUCCACAUUGCACCCCGCUCUCCACCCACCACCGCCAUGCGCCCGCUUCGCCUGUUGCUGUCGUUUGCUGCGACCCUGAUGGCUUUCACCCUGCUACUAUACAUGGCCUUCUCACCUCCCCACCACCCACAGACUAAGCAAACCUCGCCCGAAACCCAGAGAUCCAAAGCCAGCGCAUUCUUCUCCUUUACCUCGCCUGCUUCGCUGUUUCCCCCCUCCGCCAUUAUCAGCUUGACAGACGACAACUCCACCUUCUUCCUCGCCCGCCCCGCCGCUUUUGGGCCCCCUCUUCCUACCCUCGGUCUCAGUGGCGCGCUAUGGAUUGGAAGCGGUUUCGGCGACGAAGCCAUGGGUAGAGGAGAGCUAGGUUGCAGCGACGUGCCCGGGUGGGACGAUGGCAGCGAUAACAUGAGCGCCUUGGGUCUCAAGACUCCACCAAAAGCACUGUCACAAGCUACUUCGGAGAACGACAGAGCCGUUUCCCAUGCCAAACAAUCGUCCAAUACAGAUUCGUCCGACACAAGUUCAACACGGAACGACGACGGUACAGACGAUCAUCUCAAUUCCCCGAGCCCCGCCACCACCCCUUCCAAGGCCAGCAACGGAAACUUCGCUGGCCAUGCCGACAUCGAGUCCCUUCAGCAGAGUGCCGAGAUCAAGGGCAAAGUGGUGCUGCUGAAACGAGGUGGCUGUGGAUUUCUAGAGAAGGCCAGGUGGGCACAAAGACGGGGCGGCGUUGCCCUCAUAGUAGGAGAUGAUGUUCGUGGUGGAGUUUUGGUUCGGAUGUAUGCUCGUGGAGAUACGUCAGACAUCAUCAUUCCUGCACUCUUCACCUCUCACACCACCGCCCAUCUCCUCUCUUCGCUGCUUCCUACCGGAGGAAUGAUACAAGAUCUAUCUCCCGAAGAUGUCGCCAAACUAAAUAUGGUCAAAGGUGGGAAAAGUGGAAAGAGCAAGACUCAACAGGCAUCGGCAAAGCAACAAAGCAAGGCGGCACAGGCCACAAAAUCUGGUAUGGAUAUCCAUGAGCAGGAGGAACAGCGCAGUGCUGCAUCAAGUCAAGGCUGGCUGCGAUGUUUUCUCAUUAAAUUGGGCCUGGAAAACGGACGAGGCGAUCAAGAUCCCGUCGUAUUGGAAUCCCCCACACCAGCUACAGGUGACUUCGUCAUAGGCGAAUACGACUGGCGCGAUGCUGCUCUGCCGGCGUCAUCCACUUCGGUGAAUCCAGUUCCCCGAAAAACAUAUGCGCCUGGAAGACCGACAAACGGCCGUAACAACUUGCCUACGAGCGGCGAGUACCCUCGCGAUGUCACCGCCGAAAGCGAUGGCUGGCUGCGUAGCCUUUUGGGUGGUAAACGACACUCGCGGAAUAAUAGGCCGGAAGAUUCUGAAGACAUGGGCAUUGUACCAGAAAAGCAUCAUGCAGCCGAUCCGACUGGCUCACAUGAAGGGCUCUGGGUCACGCUCACCCCUACCAAUAUGUCGACUAGCCCUUUCUUUGAUACUCUGCUAGUCCUGGUCGUGAGCCCUCUUGUCACCUUGACUAUUGUGUAUGCGCUCCUCCUCCUCCGAUCACGUAUUCGACGACGCCGCUGGAGAGCGCCCAAAUCAAUAGUCGAACGUCUUCCUGUCCGUACCUACCACACCAUUAGCGACAACAGCCCGGCUGCAACCCCCACUGCAUCGUCACCUACUACUCCUCUGCUUCAACAUGUAGCUCCUCCGCAGUCAGCUACGCCUUCGCGUCCUCGUUCCGCACCAGAAUCAGACGCACCCGCGACGUCAUCUUCUUUCCUCCAGCCCCAUAGUACAUCUGAGGAAGAGAGACGAGAGUCAGGCCUGGCAGCAUGGAGGCGUCGUUAUGGAGGCAGACAAAAAGAAUGCGUUGUAUGCUUGGAAGAGUACGAAGACGGCGUCAGUCAAGUUAUGAGUCUGCCAUGCGGCCACGAGUUCCACGCGGACUGCAUAACUCCAUGGCUUGUGACACGUCGACGGACUUGCCCGAUAUGCAAAGGCGAUGUUGUCCGCUCUUUGUCCCAAUCAUACCACGACCGUGCUAUAUCUGCAUUUGAAGCACGCUUCCGGGAUGAGGACGAUGACGAUAUUCAAGCGCAAGCGGCCGAGGCACAUGAUGAUUCCCCUUCUGCUUCGCGCCCAGUACCUAUUUCACCAAGCAGCAACAACGAUGACAUUGAAGCCAACUGGACAGAAGAGCAAGGCGAGCGACAUGGUCGCGAGAUACCGCAGUCUCGCAAUUCAGAUUUGAGCAGCUCGCUCCGAGAAGUCAGUUCUUCCGUCGCGACAACCAUCUGGCGCGGCUUCGAAGCCGCUGUUGGGCGAACAGGCAGCUUACAAAGGCGCCCGAGCAGAGAGGACGCCGUUGAUCGAGAUCGAUGA